AUGGCAGACUCGGCUGCCCCCGAAUUGGCAGCGGCCCUGCUCAAAUGGGUGCAAGCAUUCCAAACGUCCAAGAAAGUAGAGAGCUGGGAGGACAUACAAGACGGCCAAGUCCUGUGGGACAUUCUCCAGGACAUCGACCCGGGCUACUUUCAAGACGACCUCCCAGAAGCUCCCGCCAAAACAAGAGACCACUGGAUCCCACGGUGGCAGAACCUCAAGCAUGUCAACCGUCUGGUCACUGCCUACCUCAGAGACUCGAGCGGCUCCAUCGAGAACCCUGCAGGCAGCCGUGACCCAGACCUCAAGGCGAUUGCUACAGAUGCUAGCCCGACCGACACCGUCAUGCUGCUCAAAACCAUGCUCCGUGCCGCCAUGUAUUCGCCCGAGUCCAACCAGAGAAUGGGCCGCAUAGUCGUCGGCCUUGGUCCUGAGGUCGCUGUCACCAUUGCUGCAGCCAUGAAGCAAAUGGAAGACACGGACACACCGCAACCAGGCGUCGCCGAUCGAUCUGACUUCGAAGUCACUUCCGAAACAUCAACCCCCGCCGAGCCUAUGCUUGAGAAGCCUGCCGUUUCCGUCAACGAUCGUCUCUCCUUUGGUACUUCCGGCGAACGCGAUCCCGAGUUGGAACAAGAAGAGAAGCUCAUCCAGGCAUACAAAGUAAUCAAGGACUUGGAAAACAACAAUGCGAAGGCUGCGAACGAAUUGGAAGAGCUGAGACAAGACAAGGAGGAACUGCAACAAGCAUUCGAUGCCUUCAAGUAUGAAGUCGAAAAUCAGGGUCGCAAGGCUGCCGAGAACGACAACAUGAAAGACAUGCAACUCAAGGCAGAAAGAGAUCGAGAUUACAUUGCAGAAUUGGAGGCAGAACUCGAGACCCUGAGAGACAAGUCGCAAGCCCAGGAACGCCAAAUCGAGCGGUACAAGACAGACACAGACGCAAAGCAGAAGCUGAGAGAUGACAUGCAACUUCUUCGAGCCGAAAGAGACGAUCUGCUGCAGAAAACGCGCAUGAACGAGAACCUCAAAAAGAAGAUUCAGGCAUUACAGGACCAGGAGAAGGCCAAUUCUACUCUGAGAGAAGAUCUUCGUUCAGCCAACGACAGGCUACAAGAUCUGGACCGCCUAAAAGACCAAUGCACCACCCUGCAGAAAGCAAACGCUGAGAAUCUGAAACUCAUCGCCAAUGGUGAACAAGAAAUAUUCGACCAGAAAACGACUCGCAAACGCAUUGAACAUGAAUACAAGGUCCUGACCCAGAAGUGGGAAGCGGCUAAGGAGCGGCAGGUCAAAGAUCACGAAAGUAUCACUGAACUCGAGAACAAGCUGCAAACUCUCGAGAUUGGAGGGUCGAACCCCAGUGGUGCCAACGGCGGACUUGAUGGAGAACUCGAAGCUUCUGAGAAGGCGAGAGCUGAGAGGGCAAUGACCAGAAGCCAGACCGACACAAUCCCCUCAGCUGACGCCACGAUCCUGCAACAGAAGCUCGAUGCCAUCACCGCGAGAAACCACAAACUGGAAACCGAGUAUCUAGAUAUUCUGUCGGACAAAUUGGGCCUGGAGACUGCCUUACAAGACCUCCGUGAACCAAGUCGAGAACCAGAAGAAAACGUACCAUUCUUGGAACAACGCAAGAAGCUGCAGGCAGCUCAAGCUGAGAUACAAGACAUGCGCAACCAGCAUUUUGGCACAAAUACUGAGAUGGCCAACAUCAAGGAGAGGCUCAUGGCUGUGCAGAAACAACUCACUGACAAGGACGUGCAGCUUGACGGUAAUGCAGAGUAUCAGACCUUGACCGAUCGAUACUCUGAAUUGCACAAGCACAGCGAAGGUGUCGAAGCAGAAUUGGCAGAACAGCGCGCUUUGUUGCGACAUGCUCUGCUCAAUGCUGCACAGUUGCUGAAGGAGCCUGCUGAGAGUCGCAACGAGAACGAGUACAAGCUGCUUCUACAGCAGUUGCAAGCAGUCAGGGAUGCGCCAGACGAUGAUGAGCUCUUGGAGUCCACGGCCGCGCAACUUGCGGACCGUAUGGAGCAAGCACGUUCCGACACUAUUGCUGCAAACAAACUCGCCGAAGACCGCGCAACAGAAAUCACGACACUCAAGAAGCAAAUCAGCCCGCCAACAACGACAGCGACCGGCAACGUACCUUCAGCCGAAUUCGCAGCACUACAGCGUGAGAACAAGCUCAUGACAUCCGCAUGGUUCGACCUCAGUAGCAGGCUGCAGAGCAAUACCGUCAUGUUGGGUAGACGCAAGGAGAGUCCCAAGAGCUUUUUGGGCAAGCAGCGGCAGCUGGUGACGCCUGGGUUGGUGUCUGGACAGCAUCGUCGUUAG